GUCUUCAAGCUUAUUCAUAACUUGUGUGGAAAGUUGAGUUUGAGUGUAAUACGAGAGCUAACAAUACUAACUGCUACCUGUUCUGCGGAGUCACUCGCCAGGAUGAGACGUAUUUUUGUAUAGCUCGAAGCAGGAAUAUACACUCAGUACAGCACCGUAGUACAUCCUACCUUUCUUCACCACAAAAUAUAUUUUUUAUGUUUUAUUUAACGUAGUUAUCUAUUUACAUGCGAUUUUCAUUUACGAAAUGAAUAGUUUAUACAAAAUACUGACCGCAAUAUUGCUCGGAACGAUAGAAAGCAUUAAGGGCAUAGCCGUCUUAUUUUACCUGGAUAAUGAAUCAAAUCCGAAAUCAAGCCGUUUAGAGCCGGGUCGUGCGACCAAGGAGAGUUUAUCUACGCCUACGGCCACAGCAGGCGUCCACCAGCAUGGAACAUCCUCUACAACAACAACAACAACAACGAAGUCGACGAGUGUAAACAAAGACAAUGCCAAUCGGAAAAAAGAAUUCAAAGUACUGCACCGAGUGAUCCAGUGCUGUCUGCUGAACGGAGGUGUCUUUAUGUUCAGCAUCAUGGUGUUCGAGUACGGAAUCCUGCCGGGCCUGUUCUAUAUCCUGUCCUAUUUGUCCACCAACUCCGACGCCGAAGCCAACGUUUGGAACUGGAUGAUGCCUUCGCUUUCGUUGCUGUUCCACAGCUUUUGGGUUGCGCCGUUGUUUAUUCUCAGCAAAAUCGUCAACAACUUCUGGUUCCAGGAUAUCGCUGAUUCGGCCUUCCGGAGUCGCAAAGGGCGUCGCCUCAAGCAGGAUCCCUUCAGCGAGAUAAUCGCCGACCUGUUCAUCAGUUUCAUUGUGCAAAUUUCGUUUCUGCUACAGAGCACCAUUAUCAAGUAUUUGCCAAUCCCGUUUCCGUUUGUCUGCAACGUGGUGUAUAUAGUGCACAUGAGUCUGCUCUGCUCGCUGUAUUCAUUCGAGUACAAGUGGUUUAAUAUAGGCUGGAAACUGCCCACGCGAUUGACCUACAUCGAAACCAACUGGCCAUUUUUCCUCGGCUUCGGACUACCUCUGGCAAUACUUUCGGAAAUGCCUGAAUCAAUUGUCGCUAGUGGCUGUGUGUUCUCCGUUCUUUUCCCACUGUUCAUCCUAAGCGCUAACGAGGCCAAACCUAAAGUGGCUGCUUGCGAAACACCUCUGAAAAUAUUCUCUCUGUCAGUGGCUGUCUCAAAUGGUAUAGUCAGGAUGUUCCGCUUGAAGAAGCCAACCGUGCCGGGCACGAUCGAAACGAAAGCGAACACAACAACUGCAACUGAUGGUCGGGGAAUUACACCUCCGCUGUCCAGUGGCGCUUCCACGCCCUCACUUAAUUAUCAGCUAAGUCAGCAGCAGAGAAUCCGACAGCACAAUCACCAACAUCGGCAGCAUAGUCGUUCCUCACCGUCUUCUGUAGCUAGUAGUGCUUCUACGGCAGGUACGAGCAUGGGGCCGGCGAUGACCCCGCAGCAGCAGCAAGCCUUGUACAAUCGUAGCCUCAGACGAUAAGAAUAACAACAAAACAAAAAACGAUUGCUUAAGUUGCGAAAAUCAAUACCAACACACAAUAUGAUAGAAGCACGCGACAACAAGUGUGUCAAAAUAAGCAAUCCGAGUAUCGCAAUCGUGAUUGCAUGUGAUCAACAGUUAGAAUAACAUAGCCACGCAAUGCCCUCAUAUGUACACCAGCAGACAUAUCGGUAAGAAAGAAAAUAUUCGUCAAUGUGACAACGGUGCUAUGUUUAAGUUAAAUUUCACGAUUAGUUCUCGCAAUGGAAAGUUUUACAUGUUUAAGUUUUUUUUUCUUCUCGCUAAGCUUAUAUGGGACGUAACAAGCGUAACAAAUGCGAUAUUUUAGUUUUUUUUGUGAAACAAGUAAACGAUCAGACUGCAUUUUCCUCUCUAUAAAGGAAAUACAAGAAGAUUUUCUUCGA